AUGCACAUCUAUCUUGACGCAGAAGAGGAGGAAAGUGGCAAUUUCACGGCUCACGGUGGACAAAUGGCAGUUGUGGUGACAGCAGAUCUUGCCGAUGGCAGCGAUGAAAAGCAAUGGAGGACAUCACCUGCAAAGGUCCCCCAUGAAGUAUACGGUCUCGUGAUGGAAAAUGCUGGAGCUUUUCACCGCGGCUUUCCAGAGUACCGCCGGAUGGGAACCUUUAAUGUUAUGCGUGACUGGCAGAUGGAAGUGGACUCAAUCAAGAUUGAUGAGGGCGCGGCAACGCCCUUCUUCGAGCAAGUGUACGCGUCUCGAUGCACGAUUGCCCUAGUUUGA